AUGUCUCCCUCCUCCUCCUCCGCCCCACUCCCGUUGCAGAUCGCAUUAAAAGUUUUCACUUCGCAGCAGAAGAAGAAGCAGGCCUUGGAGAUGGAAUCCGCUGGCGCUCCAACGCGGCGCCUCCAAGCCGUCGCGAGCCAGACGGCUUCUUUAAAAGAAGGGGAGAAUUUCCUCGUAGUUUUACCGGACGGGGGGAAAGUCACUGCUUCGCUGGGCCAGGGUCAAGAGGAGCCCAACGACAUCUUCCUCAACGGCUCUCUUGUUCUGUCCUACACGAUCUCCGCGACACAGUAUGCUCUCGAUAUCUCCUCCGUCGGGACGCGCUACCAAGGCGCGACGUCCCACAUCCCAAAAUACAGUCUGCUCACCGUGACAGCGCCGAAACAAGCAGCCAACCCACGCUCAAAGGACGUCUCCAUCCCCGACUUUUGGGUCGCUAUCUACGCCCUCUUCAUGCUCUACCGCGACCAAGAACACAUCCCGAUCGUCUUCUUCUUCCCGAAUGAAGACGAGAUCAAAAAUUACCUCCUCACCACCGGCCUGGUGCGAACGUACCCGACAUCAGAGUUGCGGCUUAAGAAAGCCCCAGUACCGCCGGACGUCUACUUCCUGUCUCGCGCUGCCUUCUGGCAGGGUGCGGGCACGACGGGUUUCCACCGACGCAGCUGGCUCCUCAACCCUCAGCCAGCCUUCCCGAGCCUAACGACGUACACCCGCACGGAGAAAGUCAUCGCCAUGCACCCUCUCAGACCCACGAAGCCCGAACCCGGAGAAGUUCUGUACCGACGCUGGUGCGGCGUCGUCGGUCAGAUGCUCGAGAUCGCGUAUUUCGACCUCGAGGGCGUGCACGACGGAAGCGCGGCUCUCGGAGGCGGGCUCUCGCGGCACAUGGCGGCGUUCCACCGGUGGCACAACGACGAGCGUGUAAAUACCGCUUGGGGCGAGCGGGGCAGCCUCGAGACCCACCGCGAGUAUGUCGAAGGAUUGCUCGCGGACCCGCACGCAUGGCCGUGCAUGCUCAGCUGGGACGGCGAGCUCAUGGGGUACGUCGAGAUCGUAUAUACGAAGGAGGACCACACGGCGCAGCACUAUCCUGUCGACGUCGUUCCGGGCGACUGGGAGAGGGGAAUCCACGUCCUAGUGGGGGAGAGCAAGUUCUUGGGUGGUGGUCGAUCGGAAAUCUGGAUCCGUUCCCUCGUCCAUUACAUCUUCCUCGCCGAUCCACGAACCGACCGUGUUCUCGGUGAACCUGACCAUGAAAACACCGCCAUCAUCAAGGUCGCCCUGAAUUCGGGCUUCCAUAUCCAAACGAUAAUCGACUUCCCGUACAAACGAUCCGUAAUGGUUCUCAACCCCCGGGAGAAGUUCUUCAAGUUGUGCCGCUUAUGGUAA